UGGAUGGAGUGUCAUAGUGAAACCACGCAUCACGGAUCAUAGAAUGGCACUAUCUUAUCUACAAGAGGCGCAAAUUAACGCAGGACUUUUAACCGGCCAGCACCUCGACAUGAAGCAAGAACCCGAGAAACAGCCGGUCUCACCGCCUUUAAACAACAACACGUCCCAAGUAAUGUUUCCCGGGAUGGGCAGUACCACGGCGGGCCUGUCUAUGCUCACCCCGCAGCAACUGCUAGCAGCUAGCAGAGCGGCGGCCUUGAUGGCCGCAGGAAUUCCUGUGUCGUUGCACGCAACACUGGCGGCGAGCCCGUCGCUUUACGGGCAUCAUCAGACUCUGUUCGAGGGUUGGGCGCCACCCACGGCAUCAUCGCCACCCUCGCCCCUUCAUCAUUCACCCGGGCCAGUGUCUCCUGCUCUUAGCACAAAGUCCACUUCGCGACGAGCGAACAACGCUGUGACCAAUAACAAUAACAAUAACAAUAACGUGGUGACCAGCAGCAGAGAUAGAAUCUCGAAGAAAGGUCAGACGACCAAGAGGAAGGCACAGAAAUCGAAGGCGGACAGCGUGCAAGUGUCGGUCGAGGGUGGUGCGGAUCCUCUCAGUCCACCCACGUCGAUCAGCCCCGAAGCGGGCAAAGACGGAAGGGAUAAGGUGUUCACCUGUGGAGUGUGUUCGAGAUCGUUCGGCUACAAGCACGUGUUACAGAAUCACGAACGCACUCACACCGGGGAGAAACCGUUCGAGUGUCCGGAAUGUCAUAAAAGAUUCACUAGGGACCAUCAUUUGAAGACUCACAUGCGAUUGCACACCGGUGAGAAACCUUAUCACUGCAGCCACUGCGAUCGUCAGUUCGUACAGGUAGCAAACCUCCGUCGCCAUUUGCGCGUCCACACCGGCGAACGUCCUUACGCUUGCGAACUGUGCGCGGCUAAAUUCAGCGAUUCCAAUCAGCUGAAGGCUCAUCUGUUGAUACACAAAGGGGAGAAACCGUUCGAGUGCGAACAUUGUCGUAUGCGCUUCAGACGGAGGCACCACCUGAUGCAUCACAAGUGCGGCACCGCUAUGAACGCCUCCGGACAAAUUCCUAGAUCGCAAGUCACCUCGCCGUCGUUGGCGAGCGAUUACCUGGACGAGGAUAUCGACAUCGACAUCGACGUGGAAAUGGAGGAAUCCGAAGCUACGCCUCUGGUCACUAGAAAAUCAAACAAUCCGGUCAGACCGGCCCAUCGCAGACUACCGAGUCCAGUCGUUAGCGCCUCGAUGCCGAUGCCGUUGAAUCUGUCCGGUAUCCCCGUCGAUCUGCCGGAACAAACGGAACCGGAAGAUCUAUCAAUGUCCACGGACACGCACAGGCCGCACUCGAACAGCAGCAACGGCUCGACGAUGAGCCGCGGCAACGAUCGGCAUACGAUUUCGUAGUAUGAUCGUCGAACGGGUUCGAGAUCGUAUCCUACUUCCUCUAUGCUUUACGUUUCUUUCUAGUAUCCGUUUCGUGUCGCAAGGAACACCCCUGUACUUCAUUAUUCAUCGAACAAUGGACAUUCUUUGAUUUACGUAUCGAAGCGAAUAUUGAAAUAUAUAAUUUAUUUGAAUUCCGAACGACAUGAAACGCGUGUGUUAUAAGCUUCGUUCUUAGUGUAGGAUCCGUGGAAAAUAGGGUGUCACGGGCACCGGAAAUCGUAUCUAGAUACGAUAAUCGUUCGUACCCGGUAGCCCGAUGCCGUCCUUAGUUCCACGGACCUUCUUAUUCGGUAUGGGGGUCCCGAUCCCAUGGAUAGUAUAUGUAUACUAGAAAAGUUAACAACAGUGAUUGUGAACCGAUGCGUGGAUGAUUAGCGUUUAUCGUGAAUUUACUGGGUUCAAUUUUGUUAUACACAACAAAAGACGCUUCAUUUAUCCUUCAUCAUGUACGCCUUUGGUUUCCUGGAGUGAAAGUACAAGGGUGUAAAUACAAAAUAAUACGAGUAUUUGUUAUAGUGAUUCUAGAGGAGAACGCUGUUAAUCGCUGAUCUCGGAUGUGUUACACAACAGGAACCUCUGAUUCGUGGCACACGCCUAGCAUAUAUGCACGCACACGCAUUCGUCGGCAGAUCGAUCGCAAUUUUUACAAUUACACCACACGCUUUUCAAGGUACUGUUCAAUUCUUGUUAUAAAAUUUCAAUUCUAUUUAUUUUCUAUAACAUUACCCGAUCAAUUUGCAAGUGCAAACGAUAUUCAUUUGUAAAUUUCUUAUAUUUAAGUUAAUUUUCAAAGAAUUAUAAACGAAUCGAACUUGGGUUCAUACAAUAGAAAAUAAGAGCCUAUAGAGGAGGCUAAGAAAACCAGGCGGGGUCAUCUUUUUUAUUUUCGCUCAUUCUCAUGUAUAAUCAGAGGACCAUCUUCGGCUUCUCCGAUUUCCGUCUUUUUUCUGACGAACAGCCGGUUCAUAGGAUCCCUAGGAUUCUUUUGUCCUAGGACGGACCGGCGGGCGUCUGUUUCGCGCGAACCAGUUUUCGCAAUGAUAUACCCCGCGUGCCGAAAAUUCGCAGCCGGUGGUCAGCAGUUGACUUUCUCUGUUCUCUGUGCGUCUUUCAAUGGUCCUCUGAUUUAUGUCUGGUCCUGGCCAUGCAAAUUUCAUUGGUGAAGCCGCCUCGUCGAGGUCAUCUCGACCUCAUUGUUCCAUGGGGUCUUGUCCUCCGGACAGCGAGAAGAGAACGGACCCGACGUCAUUCACCUCCCUCUUCCGGGUCUCUGGCCCCCCAUUUGCUAUUCCUCACCCUGCAGAAAAAGAAAAGGAACACCUUCGAAAUAUAACCGAACGUUUCUUGAAAUAGCCUAGAUUUGCAUUGCCCAAGUAAAUUGUACAAUAUACUAACUCCGGUUGGGAAAACUCGUUUAUAGAGAAGCAGAACUUAAGUUUGCAUUAAAUUUCAUGAAUUUCGAAAUUCUUAAGAUUCUAAUAAAAUUUGGAAUAAAUGUUUGCAUUCGAAUCGAUAUUGCUUUAUCGAUGCGAAUCGAAUGCUGUAUUGUCACUAGUAUAUUCUACUUAUCUAGGGACGCAAACCUAGACUAUAUCAGGCAAAUACCAAUUAUUCAUAGUUGAAAAGUGAAAAUCUGGUUGGAAACGCAUCUGAGUAACAGACCUGAUCCCUGCUGUGUUACACUUUCGCCACAUUUUUCCGGAAAGUCCCGGCUCAUCCGCACUUUUCACUCGUUAUUCACGUUCAAGCUUUCGAGAAGCAAUUUUACAGACCCCCCCUUUUCCUCUUCGUUUCACCAAACCGUGCUCGUUCGCUCACCCUUUUAUACACGUGUUAGAACAGAUCUCGAGCUCGUUUCAACGAAACGUUGCGAUCUCUCGUCACGCUUGUUCUCCCUACGAGACGUUUUCUUUUUCCUCCCUGUUUCGAAAAAGAGAAACACGCGUCGUCCAGACGAGGGUGGCUCUUUUUCCAUUUUGUUUUUCGUCCUUUCUAUUCUUUUCAAUUAGACGUUAAUUGAUUUCGAUAUCGAUCAGUAUCGACCGAGGUCAGCGGGCCUCGACCUCGCAUUCUAAGAAAAAAUGAGAGAACACCCUUAAUUUAGGGUGUAUUGUAUAUAUAUGUAGGAUAAGAUUAAAUAUGAAUCAAUGCAUUCAUGGAUUGGAAAUUUUUGAAAUUCUCGAAUAUCUUUAGUUUUCAUCUACGGUCAUUUCGAAACAAAAUUCUAUGUUUUCUCUUUGUGAAUUUGAUGAAAGGCUAGUUUACGAAUACUAGAAAUAUCAAUACCAGGAACAUUACGCUGUUGUGAAAUAUUAUACGUUGCCGAUCAAUAACGUCGUGCGAAGCUUCAGGCUGAAAACUAUAUUAGACUAUUUAAAAAACGGUAUUUAAAGUUCCUCAUAGUUUGAAUUUUUUCCUAUUCCUAUUUUAUUCAAACGACAAACCGUAGAAUAUGUACGUUUCACGCGCGAUAUAUUUAGUGGAACAGAGUGAAACAUUGUUAACUUUGAUGGUCGCAUAUUUCUUAUAAUUUAACGUUUCUUUUCCUAUCGAUAAGAUUUAUACAGUGGUUGUAGAAAGUAUAGCACCGAUCGAUGUCGAGUAACGCUUCGUAAAAUGAUAGUCGUAUGAAACAAGUUGAAUAUUUUUGGAGAUCCUUCGAAGCUUAUACUCGCAUUAUUCGCAAAAUUCUUUUUGCACGAUAUCUAUUUUAGAGAUCUCUAUAAAUAUACAAAGUGAUUUAUAAAAAUUAAUUUACAAACAGAAUUUUAUGAGGUACCGUAUCAAAUUGAUCAUUCUAUAUCAGAAAAUCACUACUUUCAGAGUUUAAUUUCUACUUGAAACAGAAUAGUAAUAAAAACCGACCGUCAAAGUGUAAAUCAGUAUCCUGAACCAGUGCCAUACUUAUCCUUUACGCGUAUUGAAAACAUAAAGCCUGUCAGAAGUUUCAGAAAACAGUUAACUAUUUUUCAUUCGCGUGCGUUACACACGUGGAAUAUCGCAAAGAAAUAAAAAAGAUCGAUGAAUUGUUGUACAUAAUAAAUUCGCAAGGAUCGUUAUCGUGAAAAAGAAAUGAAACUUUUUCAUCGUAUAAAUUCUUUUUUUUUUAUACUGUUUUGUACGGAGAAUAGAAUUGCUUUGUUUAUAUAUAAGAUCGGGACCUCCAGACCCUAAUGAUUAAGAGGAAUCGUGGGAGUAGGGAUGUCAACGGAAUGGCGGUGGCGUAGUGGACAAAUGUAGCCGGCAAGAAAACCAGGGUUCGAUUUCCGGUGCCGGGCCACGGUCCAUAUUUUUCACAAAUUCCUACGUGUAUACAUAUAAGUGUUAUAUGUUUGUGUCAAAUUAUAACGUUGUACGGAUAUGUAAACGGAGCCGGGGAACAAUGUUUACGGAGCGCGAAUCGAAUGCAGUGCCGUUUUUCAAACAAAUCAUUUCUGAGUGUAUUGUAUCGUUACGAUUUUAAAAUCACGAGUAUAUUGAUCAGUAACAAUUUACAUAUAUAUGUAAAAAGUUUAUUUCGAGUUUAAUUUUACAGCGAAGCUUUUGAAAAUCGAAAGCUACAAAUAUUUACAAAUACAUUUAAUUUUGUUUCUUUUGUUAAAAAAAGCUAAAUUUUAAUGACGAAUAGGGUUCACUUUUUUACUCUAAAGAAUGAUAAAAGUUUAAUUUAAAUAUCGAAAGUUUCGAAUUAAUCAACAUACUCGUGCAUUUUAUUUAAAAAACGUCUACGUAUUCGAAUCCGUAUAAAUGGUUCUCUGCUCGCUCGGAUCCUCGAUUAACGAUUAUGUACCUAUGGUGUAUACUCCUCUGUAAUCUAUGUAACUAGAGCUACGUAUAGUUAUAAUUUUGUACAGUGAUAUGCAAACGCUGAUAUCGUAUGCACGAAUUCGUCGAUCGUUCAGCCGGUGCCUCGGACACGAUUUCCGAAGGUAGACGCCGAACGCGACCAAAACACGGUACAAAUUUCAAAUUUUAUGCCUAUAAGCUACACUAAAUGUUGAUUAACACGAUACGGAUGGACGAUAUUCUCGCUACUUCUAAUUAAAGGUACGAUGGCCACUUUUGAAGAUUUCGAGGCAUCCUCGACGCGUACCCCUUCGAAAAUACGUCGAUCACCACCAAUGGUUGUUCCUACUCUCGAUCGUUGAUACAUACAUAACGUAUAUAUAUAAAUAUAUAUAUAUACACUGACACGCGAUGGUAAACAGGUAAACACGAUAGAACCAUGAGAGAAAGAAAAAAAUGGUAAAAGAAUAGAUUGGAAAUUACGAGCAGAAGAGUUUGUUGUUCUCCUCGUGCCGUCGUUAAUUUUGUGAUUUCGAUAGAAACGCGUAACAGCGGAUCAAAAUAGCACUCGAUGUAUACUAUGAAACUGACACUACCUCACCAGACACCUAAUAUAUCUCAACCACAAGACUGAUUUUAAAUAGUAUUCCUAAAUAGAUAAGGAAAUGGAAAUAAGAGGGAAAAAAAAGAGAUGAUUAUUAUAAAGAGAUUAUUAUAAAGAGAUAUUGCGCGUACAAAAAAAUACGAAUAUAGAAUGUUUUUCUAAGUAAUUUAAUUAAUUAUAGUACUCUACCUGUAGUUAUUAUUAUUAUUACUAUUAUCAUUAUUAUUAUCAUCGUCAUGAUCAUGCUACGUCGCUGCCAAUGUCGAAUUCCUAUCUUGGAUAAGAAACGAAGAAGAAAAAACCUUUGUAUCAUACGCUGUUUACUUGUAAUUUAAAACGAUUCCUCAACCUAAACCUUACCACCCCCGAUAUGCUCACCUCGCACCUCCCCCGGAACCUAACAUUUCUCGCAAUCACACGUACAUACGACUCAUUAUAAUAAAUAAAUGUUCCUGGUCUGUUGAUGAAGUUUGACUGGUCUGUCAAAAUAUUUUUAUUAUUAAAAACUCACUGUUCAAUCGUU